CAUUGAUAGGUUGGGGGGUUGUUUCUUAAGAGCCUGGUCUUGAUUGGGUAUAUAUUUUCCAGGUGCACUGUACUGUUCAUAUUCACAGUGUAUAUUAAAUGCAGUCAUUUUCCAAGAUUUUUAAAAAAUGGAUAUAAAGUAAUUGUUUUGUCUGUAAUUUACAGCUGUUCGAGAGGACAGCUAUUUUCUCGUUGGGCAAGCCUUUGCAGUUAGUAUAGUACAUGGUGGACCAUCACCUGGCAUUUUGUCCAAGACAUUGUUUGAUUGCUUGGUAAAAGGACCAGCAAAUGUGUCCCCGACCAUGGAGGAUGUGAAUGACUUGGAACUGCGGGAAAACAUCCAAAGAAUUGCUGAUGCUGAUUCAGUUGAAGAUAUUCAAACAUUAACCAGUGCUAUACAAGACUACCUUGCGAAUGCAGGCUGCCUGCGACACAUAAGGAAGGUAGAGGACAAGACUGUCUUGGUUAAAGACAUCCUGACCUUCCAGGUCAUCAAUAGAAUCCAUCUACCACUUCAACGAUUCACAGUUGGCCUGAAGUGUCUUUUCGUCUUGCAAAAGUCUGGGAGCACCCCGAAGCAUUCAGGCCCCGGAUCAAUGGACCACCUAUUCAACAUCAGGUUUUCCAUGUCUGGGAGCAGCCAGCAGCCUGCAGAAAACCAGGCGGUGUUAUUUUGGAGAGACUACCUCCAGGACACAGAAGAGGGAGAAACUGACACCACACUGUCAAUUAUUUUAAUAUUUGCAACUGGAUCUAGUGGUGUUCCCCCCAUUGGGUUUUCUCCAGAGCCACCCGUGGAGUUCAUUCAUGACCGGCAGAAGAAAUUUCCCACAGCCAACACGUGUGAACUGUAUACGUCUACCCACUAUGCAUCAGACAUACAUUAGCACAAAUUUUAUUUGCUGGGAGUUUUGAU